AUGGCAUCUCCCGUGAAAGAGAUGUGUGAUAGUUCUGAUUCGAAAAAACGCAAAAUUGAAGAUUCUCCGACAGACUCAAAAUCAUUCAAGGGGUUUUCCAUUGAAAGGGUAUUGAGGGAAGACCAACGCACGAAAUUUGUAUGUUUGGAGGGUAAAUUUAAAGGCAACGAAGAUCUUGCCGUUGUGCUCAUGGAGAAAGAGCAUUUUCCCAAACAAAGUUUAGCAAGGCUUCUAUCAAAUGAAACGACAUUAAAAGAGACGCUUAAGAAUGAUAUUUACAGUACGUAUGAAGCAACUCCACCGACAGACUUAUCAGGUUUCAAGACUACCUUGAUAUACCCAGCAACACAGAAGCAUGUAGACAAAUACUCUGAACAUGACCAGUAUAUCAUCCGAGAGACACCAGCUCUGUAUGAGAAAAUCACACUACCAUGUCUUGAGAGUAGUAACUUCAGCGUGAAGUGGGUAUACAACAUCCUAGACAAGAAGAGUGAAGCAGAUCGGAUCGUGAUGGAGGAUCCGGACCCAGACAACGGGUUUGUGCUGCUGCCAGACAUGAAGUGGGACGGGAAAGACGUGGACAGUCUCUACCUCGUAGCCAUUGUACACAGGCAUGGGAUCAAGUCACUGCGAGAUCUGGGUCAACAGCACCUCCCUUUGCUGAAAAAUAUACUAGAGAAGGGAACAAACGCUAUACAGGAGAAGUAUUCCGUGGCCAAGUCCAAAAUUCGCGCCUUCUUCCACUAUCAGCCCUCAUACUACCAUCUACACGUUCACUUCACCCAUCUACGCUUCGAGGCUCCAGGAUUUGACGCCUUGCGGGCCCACCUGCUGGAGGACGUCAUCGAUAAUAUUGAAACAUGCAAUGACUUCUAUCAGAACAAGUCCCUUAUGUUCACAGUGAGAGAGAACCAGCAGUUGUACAAAGACUAUAAGGAGAAUGGCUACUUUAAAUAAUGGAUCAGGAUUACACACUAUGUGGAUUCAGGGGCCACGGGUGGCCCAGUUGUCUAAGGCACUGCGAUUCGCUGUGCAGAGUUGCGUCCCUUGGACACGCCAGAAACCUAUGAUUAUGGGUUCAAAUCCCGGUUCGCCCCGAUUAUGUUUCUAGG